UUCCAUUCAGUCACACGGCUGAGUGUCAAGUUUGAUAAGAGUUACAUCAUUUCAACUUUUCCCUGAAACAUUAAUCCUAAUAAAUAAUUUCCAGUGUUCAUGGGUUAGGGUUAGUUGUGCCUCUGAGCAGGAUACAGUAGAGAGUACAAAUACUGCAGGACUCAGUAUAAAUACUGAAUGCAGGUGUUUGUUAAACAGCUGCUGCAGUGAUAACUGUGCACCUUUAUUAGUGUCCCAGUGCACAUGUGUGCCAACACAAAGUCCAUCACAAGUCUCUACAGCGGUGAUCAGCUACCAUCAUUAGAAACAGAUGUGGCUUCACAUGACGCUUCAGAGGAAAGGACGUCUCAUUUCUCUGAACACAUCUUUCCUCGCAUAGUUUCCUCGCGCCUGUCCUGCAUCCUCAGUGGAAGAGACUGAGAUGCAAGUGAAGGAAACGUGGAUGCAAUAAAGAUACUUAAAAUGUUCCCACAGCCUCGUCGACCUGCUCAACAUGGCGGCUACAACAGGUCACCUCGGAACAGGAAGCGGGUCUACACUUGCGCCUGCGCAGUCGCUCAUCCCGGGUCCCUGUAAAGAUGUCUGAGCAGGCGGGGAGGGAGCGGAGCGGAGGACCCGAAACAAACGGACAGAACCUGCGACUCUCCGCAAAUAAACCAGUCAAGGUAGAUCCAUGUCAUUCUGACGAGCAGCUGAGAUGUCCAAUGACAGCCAGGGAUCGGUGAAGGGGGAGGCGGCCAUGAUGCUGUCUCCCUCUGCCCCCGCCUCCUCUCAGGGGCCUCCCCUUUCUCCGUCCGCCACCUCGAAACCACCUGAACUCCCAGAUGAACUGGUCCAGGCUGGUUGGUCGAAGUGCUGGUCUCGGCGGGAGAACCGGCCGUAUUAUUUCAACAGAUUCACCAAUCAGAGCCUGUGGGAGGUGCCAGUGCUCGGUCAGCAUGACGUCAUCUCUGAUCCUUUAGGUCUGAAUGCGGCUCCAGCAGAGGGCGGAGACAGUAACCUUGGUAACGGUCAGAGAAAGAGGAGGAGCUCUGAUGAGCAGGGGGCGGGGCCUAACAGCUUAAAACGCACCAAGGUGGAGCCAACCACACCCAUCUCUCCCAGUACGCCUGGUGUCAAACCCUGGAGUGCUGCCCCAGAUGAAAAACAGACGCCAGCAGCUACACCCACAACACCAAGCCCCGCCCCCGCCCCGUACAGACCAGCUGUUAUCUACUGGGACCUGGACGUUCAGACCAACGCUGUGAUCAGAGAGCACCCCCCCGCCAACCACCUGCCCCCCCACCCAGAGAUCGAGCUGCAGAGAGCUCAGCUCGUCACCAAGCUGAGGCAACACUACCACGAACUGUGCCACCAGAGAGAAGGUAUCGACCCGCCUCGGGAGUCGUUUAAUCGUUGGCUACUGGAGAGGAAAGUGAUCGACAAAGGUCACGACCCCCUGCUGCCGAGCGACUGUGACCCUGUCAUCUCCCCGUCCAUGUUCAGAGAGGUCAUGAACGACAUUCCCAUCAGGUUGUCUCGUAUUAAGUAUAAAGAGGAGGCCCGGAAGCUGCUGUUUAAAUAUGCUGAAGCUGCCAAGAAGAUGAUUGACUCCAGGAAUGCAAGUCCAGAGAGCAGAAAGGUGGUGAAGUGGAACGCUGAGGACACGAUGAACUGGCUGCGCCGAGAUCACUCUGCCAGCAAGGAGGACUACAUGGACCGGCUGGAGCACCUGCGGCAGCAGUGUGGUCCUCAUGUCACCGCCGUCGCCAAAGACUCUGUGGAGGGAAUCUGCUCCAAGAUCUACCAGCUGUCUGCAGACUACAGCCGCCGCCUGAGACAGACGCACCUGAGUCUACUGCAGGACCCGCCCACAGAGGCGUGUGCGUCCCCGCAGCAGUCCCGGUUGGUCUACUGUUAUCCGGUGCGUCUGGCGCUCCCGUCGCCACCGCUGCCUCGGGUGGAGCUGCACUUUGAGAACGACAUGGCGUGUCUGCGCUUCAGAGGAGAGAUGGUCAAAGUCAACAGAGGUCACUUCAGCAAACUGGAGUUGUUGUACAGGUACAGCUGUAUAGACGACCCUCGCUUCGAGAAGUUCCUGUCCAGAGUCUGGUGCCUCUUGAAGAGAUACCAGGUGAUGUUUGGCAGCGGAGCUAACGAGGGCUCGGGCCUGCAGGGGGCGCUACCGAUGUCUGUGUUCGAGGCGUUGAACCGGCAGUUUGGAGUUUCCUUCGAGUGUUUCGCCUCGCCGCUCAACUGCUACUUCAAACAGUUCUGCUCAGCUUUCCCCGACACCGACGGCUUCUUUGGAUCCAGAGGGCCAUUCCUGUCUUUCUGUCCAGCCAGUGGCUCGUUUGAAGCAAAUCCUCCGUUCUGUGAAGAGCUAAUGGACGCCAUGGUGACGCACUUCGAGGACCUGUUGGACCGCUCCUCUGAGCCGCUGUCCUUCAUCGUCUUCGUCCCGGAGUGGCGUGACCCGGUGACCCCGGCUCUGACCCGCAUGGAGAGCAGCCGUUUCCUCCGUCACCAGCUGAGCGUCCCGGCCUAUGAACACGAGUAUCGCUCUGGCAGCCAGCACAUCUGCAAGAGGGAGGAGAUGUACUACCGGGCGGUGCACGGUACUGCGGUACUCUUCCUUCAGAACGACGCUGGUUUUGCGAAGUGGGCUCCGACUCCGGAGCGUCUGGCUGAGCUGAUGGCGGCAUACCGCCCCUCCUCCUCACGCCCCGCCUCCCUGUCCUCUCCUGGCCCCGCCCACAGCACACCUGGAGACAGAGACUCCGCCCCCAAGGCCGCUGACAGGACACAGAGCGGCAUGAUGUCGCCAGGCAGCCAUGACAACAACAACAACAACAACAGCAGCAGCAGCAGCAGCAGUAGCAGCAGUCCACAAGACAAGAUGGCCGCUGUGUAGAGGGAGGGGCUUAGCGUGUGGCCACGCCCCUUCACCGUGUUUAAAUUUAGUUUUUUUCAGCGUUUGUUUGUUCUGUUUGUUGUCUCAUCUGUUCAGAUUGUCCCUCACCAGCACCUGUAGCACCCUCAGCAUCUGUCAACAUACCGUCGCCAACAGGGGGCGGGGCCAACUUUCUGCUUCCCUUCUGUUGGCUUCUUCUGCGUCCCCUUGACACAGGACACUCCGCUCAGACCGGCUGUUGUGAUUGGUUGAAGCUCUGACAUCACGGCGCCUGGAGCGUUUGUUCAAGCUGCCGCUGAGUCACGUUGUUGCUUAGCAACAGGCAGCAAAGCCAAUAAGGAGACGGCUCCAGCAAUAAUAAAAACCUUUCCUUCACCUGUGAUGUCAUCUGUGAUGUCACUGGACUUCUGACUGGUCCCCACACCGACAGGGCUGAUUGGUGAUUGGUUGACAAAGGCAGCUAUCGUUUCUAUUGGACUCUUCUUUUUUGAGUCGGACAGAAUCCAGCGGCUUCAGGCCCCGCCUCCUCAGGAGAGCCCGACCAAUCAGUGCGCGUCCUGUAAAGGAGGCUCCGCCACCAAACUCAGACCAGGAACCCGCCUGCAGGGGAUUGUGGGAAAUGGAGUAUUCAGCAGGCAGGAGGAGGCGGAGUCAGACACGGGACAGACGGCUGACGCUGGCCGCCUCACACUUCCUGUGGUUGUCACAUGAUCAGAUGUGACAUCAUCAGUGAGACGGGUGUUUGAGCAGGUUAAUAGAGUUACAUAGUGUGAAGUCAUCUGGUUCAAAUAAAUAAUAAACAAUGUUCAGCCCAGAAAACAAACAAACAAAAGAUGAACGACUGGUUCUUUAGUAAAACAUAAACACUAAAGGAGAGAAGCCAACUACGACUCCCAAAAUGCAUUUCAGCAAAAACAUCCAAUCACAGUUUGCCGUAAGACUCCAGUUUACAUUCAGUCUUCUGUAACUGGCCUGAUGUCUCACAUCACAUCACUCUGACAUGUUUCUCUCUUUAUAUUGUUUUUAUUCAUCACUCUGUUUUCUCAAACACUGACUUUUUUCAAAGCGUUACAACUUUUCUUUGAAAAUCCGACUUUUGUUCCCCCAGAAUACGACGAUGUUUUCUGGAAACAUUUGGACUUAAUGUCAACGUGUUUCCUUCGGGACAGAACAUAAAGCUGUAGUUGUUGCAGUGUUAAAGAACAUUUUAACAUUCAAACUGAGGUCAAAUGAUUCAGGAACCAGUGGCUCCUCCCACUCAGUAACUCUAUUGGUUGGUCCUCUCUGUCUGCUCUCUGAUUGGCCGAUGAGCGGUCCUAUCAGGCGUCUGUUGCCGUGCGGCAGCAGCUGUGUAGAUAUUUGUACAGUUAAACUGAUCUGAAGUCUGUUGAUGUUAUUUUCCUCAUCUGCUGUUAAACUGAUUGAAAAAACAAAUUGAAUUGUACGUUUAACUGUUCCGAUGCUUUUUUAUUUGAUUUAAUUUAACAAUUUUUUAAAGAGAUGGAGAUGUGUUUCCUGUAUUAUACAGCUUAUGAUAGUUUGUUUUAAACUAAACCAAAGUGUUAAGAAAAUCUAUAUCUUGUAUGUAAAAGUAGAAGUGUGUAUGCAUCAGUAAUGCUGAAGUCUAACCAGCAGAAUACGCCUCCACCUUAUUUUUAUAAUUCUCCGCUGUUCUUUCCUGUUCCAGUGAUCCGUUGGUUUGUUUUUUAUGGUUUGGGUUAUUUUGGGUUUUGUUGUGCAUGAAACUUUUGGACUCUAAACAAUGUUCGUAUUCCUGAAUGUGAUUUUCAGGCCGAGUCUUCGUGCCAAGCGGCGUCGCUGCACAGCGUCACACUUUAAAGGAACAGUCCAACACUUUAGUUUAUUGUAAAUGUAAAUGACUUUUGCAGAUGUUGGAAGGUGAAUUUUGUUUCUCUUUUGAUGGAGCUAGGCUAGCAGUUUCCCCCUGAUGCCAGUCGUUGUGCUAAGCUAGGCUAAUGUUGGACUGUUCCUUUAAUAUUUCUGUAAAGUCAGUGACACAUUUAUAUUCUUAUAAAACAACAUUAUACUGAACAGAGAAGGUGUUCUUGUAAAUAAGUAGAGUUCUCAUAAUCUUCUAACUACAAGAUCAUCGUUUAAAGAAAAGAUGACAUGAGAAAAUGCUUUUAAUUGAAAAAUCUUUUUCAUAAUUUCAGCAAAUUAUCUUUGAAUUAAGAUCCAUAUCUCAUCAUUGCCACAUGAAGAUCUUGUAAUUAUGAGGUUUAAAGUUUUAUUUCAAUUACGAGAAAACAAACUGACAAACGAGAACGUUUUCUGUAAUGUUGAGAACAGAUUUACUGACAGUUUUCUGAAGAUGCAGAACUUUUAAAGAUAAUUACAAGAUAUUUACCUCAUGAUUGUUAGAACCCAACUUCAUAAUAACAAGAAUAAUUUCAAUUAUCAGACCUUAAAAACUACACAAUCUUUCUUAUGAUAAAAAUGUCUGAAUUUUAUCUCAGUUACGAGGAAACGUGUCCAGUUUUGAGUCUUUGUUGAAAACGUAAAUGUUUCUUUACUUUUCUGAUUCAAACCAGCAGGAACUUUUUAAACUGUGACUCUUUUCACCACAUCACUAAAAACUCUGAUUGUAAAUAUGAAGUGAAGUUCAGUCUGACGCUGCGUGGCGACGCCGCCGAGCGACGAGCAGCCGACUGUUUGUGGGUCCUCGCAGCCGGAGAAUGUAAAUACAGUCUGUCCUUCGUCCUGCCUGCAGAAUAACUGCAGCGUCACUCUCCCAGUAAAGAUAUAUCCAACCCUCA